CUCUCAGACACAUGUAACUUAGAACUAACAACAACACAAUCAACCGUUUUUGCUUCAACAGUGCAGAAGUGGAAAUGCGGCGCAUUUCUGGUCUACAUUCUUGAGUAGGCGUUCUUCGCGCCUGGCCACGAUGCUCAUAUCUGGUUGAACGGAUAGUACCCAGAUACCUUCACCAUGGAGCACGAAGCUAUCGAGGCGGCUGGUGACCUGACCAAGUUCUGGGCUGGUGCAAACUCUACACAGGUCCUCGAACUUAUCCCAGCUGAGGACCCUUUCCAGCCUAAGGAUCAGUGGAAUACCACGGCCGACCUGUACCCUGACCGGGCUAUCUCAGUCGUCAUCCAGAAUGCUUCGCAUGCCCUGCUGCCGGAGAAUCUGAACGGUGUGGUUGAGGCUGUGUUACCGUACCUGGCCGAGCAAUAUACACGUCUGUGAUUACCUUGCAUAUUGAACGGGCCUUAUGUCUCCUCAGAGGAGGAACAAUAGGUUUACUAAAGUAAAGCCCCUAAAAUAUACCUAGCGAGUUUAUUUAAUCUAGC